AUCAGCGCUGAUGUCUCCCCAGCUCAAAACUCCAAGGUCCAACUUCAGAGCGAGAGAGCGAGAGGUCCCAGCCACAGGCAGUCCUUUCUGCCCAGGUCAGCAGAUCAGUAUCUGAACACCACCUAUAAAGAUGGGAGACUUUGGAUUUCUGUCGGGCUUGCUGGACAAGGUCCAGUCCCACUCCACAGUUAUUGGGAAGAUCUGGAUGAGCGUCCUCUUUCUGUUCCGGAUCAUGGUUUUGGGUGCAGGUGCUGAGAGUGUCUGGGGCGACGAGCAGUCGGGUUUCAUCUGCAACACUCAGCAACCUGGUUGUGAGAACGUCUGCUACGACUGGACCUUCCCCAUCUCGCACAUUCGCUUCUGGGUCCUCCAGAUCAUCUUCGUCUCCACGCCAACGCUGGUCUACCUGGGCCACGCCGUGCACGUCCUCCACAAGGAGAACAAGAUGAGGGAGCAGCUGCUGAGCCCCGGCGGGACCCGCAAGAUGCCCAAAUACACGGACGAAAAUGGAAAAGUGAAGAUCAAGGGCAACCUGCUGGGGAGUUACCUGACCCAGCUCGUAGUCAAGAUCAUCAUCGAGGCGGCCUUCAUAAUCGGCCAGUACUACCUGUACGGCUUCGUCAUGGUCCCCAUGUUCCCCUGUUCCAAGUCUCCAUGUCCCUUCACCGUGGAGUGCUACAUGUCCCGACCCACGGAGAAGACCAUCUUCAUCAUCUUCAUGCUGGCGGUGGCCUGCGUCUCUCUGUUUCUUAACUUCAUCGAGGUGUUCUACCUGAUUUGCACCAGGGUGAGAUGUGGGUCCAGGCCUCACACUUACAAGACCACCGCCAAAAACCCGGCCAGCUUGUCCGAUGCCAGGUGGCAGAACAAGAUCAACAUAGAGCUGGAGAACAGCCAGAGUAUCGGUGGAAGCCUGGAUGGGGCCAAGGAGGAGAAACGACCACUGAGUGGUUAUUAAAAAACCACCGUUCUGAUCAUUAUAAUGUAUUAAACGCUCGUUUUCAGGAUUCUUCCCCAUGGCUCCUUGUUUAGAUGCAUCUCACAGACUGAAGUAAAGAGUUCUUGCAACAAAAAUCAUGGCAGAACAUCAAGGAGAAGCUUCCUCACUGUGUAGUUAAAUCAUAU